CUGGAGUCAGGCUCACUAGCAGGGAGGCGGAGGACGAUAUGAACAGUGAGAGAGCACGCUGAACAUCUGCGACCCAGAUACACACACAUCAGCGUCUGAUACACACUGGAUGAAGAAACAGUUCAGUUGUAUGAGAUUAUGCACUGUUCUUAGGAAAUCUGAGAAUGCCCGGAGAUGAGCAGUUUGGAACACAGGAGCAGUGAGACUGGACCGAAUUCUAGCAGCACAACAGAAAUGCCGCGUGCACGGCCCCGGUUUCUCAGCACCCUUCUGUUUUACAGUGUAGUGAAUGGAGGAUAUGUAGUGUUUGAGUAGUUGGAGCUUGUGAGGCGGGUGGACCCGUUAAUUGCAGUCGGACGAGAUGAAGGCGGUGUGGGCAAACUUGGCCGCCCUGCUGCUGCUUUGCACUUGUGCAUGCGUGCUGCACUUCUGGAGCGGUUUGGAAAAGCGGUUGGAGAGGAACUCGCGUAGCGUCCGAGAUCACAGCAUACAUCCCGCCUAUCCCGACCCGUCUCCGGACCUUUCGGGAACUUUUCGAGCUUUACUCGCUGUCCCCACCGACUCCAAAUUACAAACAGUGCGCAACAUUAGCGGCAGUGAAACGGUCUCAUUACGGAGUAAAGGCAAUGAACGUCGAUUUGAAUUCACACAGCGUGAGCUUCACGAGGCAGAAAACCAAACCGAGCAGUUUAUAGAAGACGGGAUGUUUUGGAGUCAGCAUCUCGAGGAUGGUGUGUCGAUGGGCUUCGGGGAGGAAGACGCUCGCGCGUGGAGACAGCGAGUCCGCCGCGGCCGAGUUGUGUCUCUAGAGCCGGGCUGCGGCAGGACGUCCAACCAGCUGGCCACUUUCUCGGACGGAUCCCGUGCGUGUGUGCGUUACGGCAUCAACCCCGAGCAGGUGCAAGGAGAAACGUUGUCUUAUUACCUAGCCGCGCUGCUCGGGAUCACCAACGUGCCGCCGCUCGCGCUUUUGCGCCUCGACGGCGAGCAGUGGACGCACGUGAGGCGGCGAAUGGAGGCGCUACAGUGGACACCGAGUGCCGUGGUGUCCCUCAGCGAGUGGGUAGCCGAGCUCAGUCCAGCAGUCGUGCCUGCUCCUUUUCACCGCUCCGGCCUCGGGUUGCGACCGCUACAUUCCGAGCUCCAAACCAAAACCAAAGCGGAGCUGCUCGAGCUGGUGCAGUGGAGCGACCUGCUUUUGUUCGACUACAUCACGGCCAACUUCGACCGGCUCGUGAGCAACCUGUUUAGCCUGCAGUGGGACGCCAAAGCCAUGGAGAGAGACGCGAGCAACCUGCUCAGGACUCCUCGCGGCAGCUUGGUGUUCAUCGACAACGAGGCGGGACUAGUGCACGGCUACCGUGUGCUGGAUAUGUGGGAAAAGUAUCACAGCACGGCGCUCGGCUCUGUGUGCGUGUUCAGGAGGAAAACAGCGCGGCGCGUGGCGGAGCUGCAUCGGCGUAGAGACACGCGCGCGCGCCUGCUCCAGCUCUACCGGGACAGUGAGCCUUUAGCGGCGGAGCUCGGCUUUCUGUCCGACGAUCACGCCAGGAUACUGCAGGACAGGAUAGACAGAAUUCAUGAGCACAUUUUGCACUGUAAAGAGAAGCACGACAAACUGUAAUGAUUUUGUCUUUGUUUUUUCUCUCUCUUUUUCGCGCGCGUGGAUCCUGCUAUCACAUUAGUAUGGAUAAGGACUCCUAGUUACCAAGGUGACCAUUACACCACGCGACCCGUGAACUGUGUUCAGUGUGACUUCUGAAUAUCUGGACUAGCUACCUCCUGUAGGGACAAACCUUUAAAUGUGGCUAAAUAGGCUACCGUUUGUUUUGUAUAUGCGAUUACUUUUAAUUUUUAAAAGUCUUACUUUAACAGGAAACACAAUGCAUAUUACUUGUGAUAGAAGGAGUCAUGAUAAAAGUUCAUUGUAAACACACUGGAGGCAGGCCUAAGUGCUGAUGUAUGCUGCUUUUGCCAUUAUUGUCUUUUGAUAAUAGGGAGGCACUAAUCCCACUAUUUUCAUUUAGGACAGGCUUAAAAUAUUAAUAAAGCUCCCCAAUACUGACCCAAUCCUGACAUCCUAAAAGAAACAGGGCAGAAAAUUGCAAGCUCUUGUUUCCAGGUUUUGCAAAACAUCAGCCAUGUGGUGCAUUUUAUAUGACAUUGUGUGCUACAUUUAAUGCAAGGUCUGUUUUGGGCCAGUAAAAUAUGCUGUAAAAUACACAAGUGGCUCAGAUCGGAAAAUACAUAAAAUAAGAUCUAAUACUGAUCCAGCAUUUUAGGCAGUUUCAAGCCCAGUGGCAUUGAUGCAUACUUGAUGUAUGAAUCUCUAUUUAUUUGAAUAUCUGACUUGAUAAACAGAAGGUUAUAUCUGGAUUAAUACGAGUCUGACAAUGUCUGUAAUUUAGUGACAGUGACUUAGUUGUUGGUCACUUUGCAGAAAGUGAUGAAAUGUUAAUAUUCACACUCCUGAAAAGGUCAGUGAUUAAUAUAAAAGAACAUCUUUGAUUAUCCUCCUCUCCUUCCCAAUUUCAUUCAUAGCCUUAAUGAAGUGGUGGGAUGUGCAUUGAAUUGAGAGUGUGUCGUGGGAUUUUGCUUUGUGAACUCUGAAUUCUAUUUAACUAAUUUAAAUCACAAUCUGUGAUAACAUUCCAGUUCUUUUUUAUAUUAAAAAUGUGUCAUUUUUACAUGCCAUUAAAUCUAGUGGAACUAAAGUGUUUCACUGUGUUGAACACUGCA